GCGCAUGCUAUGUCGCUCGAAACUCUACCAUCUUCAUUACCUUUUUUCCAGGACAUUGCUAGAAAUCCAUACACUCUCAAAUCAAGUGUGCCUGAAAAAACUAUACUCUUCACGUAAACAAGCGAUGAAAAUGUGGACACUUUUUAGUCAGUGAAUUGUAUGGAGUUCCACUGCUGUGCAACAGUCCUAGGCAAAGUUCUUCUGAUACCGCUAGGUUUAGAAAUGCCAAAAAAUCCACGUUCGAAAAAUCGCUCCACUGUGAAACAUAAAGAAACACGUGAAACUCGUCGUCAAGAAGAAGCUACAUUGAGAACGAAACUACAAGAAAGAGACCUGUACAAUCCGGACAUGGAUAUUCGAGAAAUGCGAGAGCUCUGCUUCGCUCUCGAGCAAUCGAUUCAGUCACACCAACUUUACCAAAGUUCAGCUAUAUGUGAUGAGCAGCUCCCAGCGGAUACGCUUUCGAAUUUGUAUCUUUCCUCUCCGGAUGCUAUGCGACAAAACAAUUCCCAGCAGAGACCCAUUGUGGAUACGCAACUGUUCACUGAAUUCUAUGGUUAUUCGGUUACCAAUCCGGUAGACAACUUUCCAAACGCACCUUCAAUCUCAGAAGUACCACCGAUAUCUGCAUCUCAACUCGAAUCGUUUGAUAUUCAAUCGAUACGGUCACCUAACCGACGAUGUCUGUUUGACACAGAAAACGUUGGUCGUGCCAUUGGCGGCGGUUAUUUUCCGGACUCUCCCGGACUAUGCUGUCGAGAAAUACAUAUUGUUCAAGCUGAGGUCCAUUCGCUACCCACGGCGGAUUGUACGAUAGCAGAUAUCAAAUGGUCUAACCCAAGAGUGGCGCAGAGAAGAUUCGAAAGCAAUAGGAAACCAACCGCUUUUGAAUGGGAUACAAUUGAUGAAUAUUUUUAGAUUGUAUCCGAAUAAGUCUCACUCAGUGAGUGAUCUACAUCGAAUAAUGAAUACACAAAUGAAUUUGGUAGAAA